GCUGCUGCUGUUCUGCUUUACGUCCUCGUUACAAACGCCUGGUGGACAACAUAUUUCCUGAAGAUCCAAAAGAUGGCCUCGUCAAAGCCGACAUGGAGAAAUUGACAUUUUAUGCAGUAUCUGCACCUGAGAAACUGGAUCGCAUUGGUUCUUACCUGGCAGAAAGGUUGAGCAGGGAUGUUGUUCGCCAUCGUUCUGGGUACGUUUUGAUUGCUAUGGAGGCUUUAGACCAACUUCUCAUGGCUUGUCAUUCUCAAAGCAUCAAGCCAUUUGUAGAAAGCUUUCUUCAUAUGGUAGCAAAGCUGCUGGAAUCUGGGGAACCAAAGCUUCAAGUUCUUGGAACAAAUUCUUUUGUCAAAUUUGCAAAUAUUGAAGAAGACACACCUUCCUAUCACAGGCGUUAUGACUUCUUUGUGUCUCGAUUCAGUGCCAUGUGUCACUCCUGCCACAGUGAUCCAGAAAUACGGACAGAAAUCCGAAUUGCUGGAAUCAGGGGUAUUCAAGGAGUGGUUCGCAAAACAGUUAAUGAUGAGCUUCGAGCUACCAUCUGGGAACCCCAGCAUAUGGAUAAGAUUGUUCCAUCUCUGCUGUUUAAUAUGCAAAAGAUAGAAGAAGUGGACAGUCGAAUAGGUCCUCCUUCUUCUCCUUCCACAGCUGACAAAGAAGAGAACCCUGCUGUGCUGGCAGAAAAUUGUUUCCGAGAACUCCUGGGCCGAGCGACCUUCGGGAACAUGAAUAAUGCUGUCAGGCCCGUCUUUGCGCACUUAGAUCAUCAUAAACUAUGGGAUCCCAAUGAAUUUGCAGUUCACUGCUUUAAAAUUAUAAUGUAUUCCAUUCAGGCUCAGUAUUCUCAUCAUGUGAUCCAGGAGAUUCUAGGACACCUUGACGCUCGUAAAAAAGACUCUCCACGGGUCCGAGCAGGCAUUAUUCAGGUUCUGUUAGAGGCUGUCGCCAUCGCUGCUAAAGGGUCCAUUGGCCCCACUGUUCUGGAAGUCUUCAACACCUUACUGAAGCACCUGCGUCUCAGUGUUGAGUUUGAAGCAGGCGAUCUCCAGGGCAGCUCUGUGGGCAGUGCCAACCUAAGCACGGGUUCCAAAGACAAUGACGAGAAGAUUGUGCAGAAUGCCGUCAUCCAGACCAUCGGAUUUUUUGGAAGUAACCUACCAGAUUAUCAGAGGUCAGAAAUCAUGAUGUUCAUUAUGGGGAAAGUCCCUGUUUUUGGAACAACCACCCAUACUAUGGAUGUCAGUCAACUAGGGGAUUUGGGAACCAGACGGAUUCAGAUCAUGUUGCUGAGAUCUUUGCUGAUGGUAACCUCAGGGUACAAAGCCAAGACAAUUGUUACGGCCCUGCCUGGGUCUUUUCUGGACCCUUUGUUGUCACCGUCUCUCAUGGAAGACUAUGAGCUAAGACAGUUAGUCUUGGAAGUUAUGCACAAUCUUAUGGACCGCCAUGAUAAUCGAGCAAAGCUUCGUGGAAUUAGAAUAAUACCAGAUGUAGCCGACCUAAAGAUAAAAAGAGAAAAAAUUUGUCGACAAGAUACAAGUUUCAUGAAAAAGAAUGGACAGCAACUAUAUCGGCACAUAUAUUUGGGCUGCAAAGAAGAAGACAAUGUUCAGAAAAACUAUGAGCUACUUUAUACUUCUCUUGCUCUUAUGACUAUUGAACUGGCCAAUGAAGAAGUGGUUAUUGAUCUCAUUCGCUUAGCCAUUGCUUUACAGGACAGUGUGAUUCUCAACGAGGACAACUUGCCAAUGUUCCAUCGCUGUGGCAUCAUGGCACUGGUUGCAGCGUACCUCAACUUCGUCAGUCAGAUGAUAGCCGUCCCUGCGUUCUGCCAGCACGUCAGCAAGGUUAUUGAAAUUCGAACUAUGGAUGCCCCUUACUUUCUACCAGAGCAUAUUUUCAGAGAUAAGUGCACGCUUCCUAAGUCGUUGGAGAAGCAUGACAAAAACCUGUAUUUUUUGACCAAUAAGAUCGCGGAGUCACUGGGUGGAAGUGGAUACAGUGUUGAGAGAUUGUCUAUACCGUACGUACCACAAGUGAAAGAUGAAGAUCGACUUUCUAGAAGAAAAAGUGUUGUGGACACUGUGUCUAUCCAGGUGGAUAUCCUGCCCAACAGCAUUCACUCAGACGAUGUGGUUAGUAACACCGAAGAAGUCACCUUUGAAGCAUUGAAGAAAGCAAUUGACACCAGUGGAAUGGAAGAACAGGAGAAGGAAAAGAGACGUCUGGUCAUAGAGAAAUUCCAGAAAGCACCUUUUGAAGAAAUUGCAGCACAGUGUGAAUCCAAGGCAAAUUUGCUUCAUGAUAAACUCACUCAAAUAUUGGAACUCACCAUACGUCCUCCUCCAAGUCCUUCAGGAACCCUGGCCAUCAGCUCCGGGCAUGCCCAGUACCAGUCCGUCCCAGUGUAUGAGAUGAAGUUUCCAGAUCUCUGUGUGUACUGAGAUGUUCAUGAAGACCUUCGCAGACGACUUCUUCGCCUAAAAAUUAAGGCCGGCCUGAGUGGUCAGAGUUGACUUAAUGCAUUUUAACACACUGCUUAAAAAUAAUGAUGGGACUU